AUGUCCAACACUAACGCGAACAUUUUGAAUAUUAUGCGUCAAGUGAGUGAUCCAUUACAAAGAAUCGAGUAUAUCGUUUUAUGGAUACUUCUCAUGUCUUGUCAUGGAUUGUGUGCAGCUUUUCUUCUCAUACAAGCUCGAAUUUACUUUUUUCUGGAAGAUCCUUUAAUGGCUUACUACGCCAACUUACUCGCAAUUCCAGAACGUCGCUACUUUCGUUUAUUUGGAGCACUUGGAGGGGGGUUGGGAGUACUCCACCAAAUACUUUUAAUUCUUCAUGUGUUAUGGUCCGUAAUCUCACAAUCUCUUACUGUCUUUCCACGUAUUGAGAUUGUCAAUCGAUUACUUCAAUGUAUUCAAAGACACGUUCAAUUUACAAAUACGAGAUCAGACAUUUCUUCUUUAUGUGGUAUCCUCACGUUUUUGAAAACAAUUUCGAUUGCAGCUUUACAAGGUAUCCUAGAUAUUCAAGGAGAUUACUUUGUAGAGAUCUUUUUACUACGCAAGGUUGCUGAAGCUAGUGCACAGAUCGUUCAGUGCUAUCAUUAUAGCACUUUAAUCGGUCAAGUUUGGAUAAAUAAUCUGUACACAGCUGCAGUUGUAUUGAAUUGUUGGAUUACACCAAUUCUGGAUUAUUUCAUGCUCAAGUCUGACAUCCACACAAUCAAAGAGGAACCAAAUGGCAUUCUAGCAAUGACCAAUGUUGGUGUUUCAAUUCGAAUGCGGACGUUUUGCGUUAUGGUUGAUACAUUAUUGACGAUCAUGACAUGUCUUGCUUUUCCUGUUGCUAUUUUUGUACCUUACGCUCGAACUUUUAGUGUAGAACUACUCAGUUUUCCUAAUGAAAUCUUGUACGACGAUGUGGCUUUCCCCAAUCUAGUUCAUGAAAAUCAAGCGGUUUUCGCACUCAAUUUUCUUGAUGGUGUUACCAAAUUGAUUCCACACUUGAGUAUUUUGCUUGGUACAGCAAGUAUAAGUCUCGUCCUAGAGUAUUCAUCACCUCAUCGAUUUAAGAAUCGCUUAGGCCAACGAAAAGUUUUCGCGAAAAAAUCAGUUGCAGCGUUUAAGCCGGAGAUUGACAAGAAACCAAAUUGUUUUCAAACAUAUACAGUGAAAUAUUCAUACAAAUGUAAACGACCAGAAUGUGCCAUUGGGUGGGUCAUAUUAAGGCGAGUAGUGGUUCCCAUUGUAUUUAUUGUUGCUGGAGUUCUUUUACUAGGAUUGCAUCUCAACGCCAUUCACUUAUCAACUUCAGUCGAUCCAGAUACAAUAAAAAUAUGUCGACAAGGUCUUCGACCGUGGUUUGCAGUUAAUGUGAGUUGCUCAGUUCUUGAAUUUAGUUGUUACGAUCAUGGUGUAAUUUCACCUUCAAACGAUGCGUUGGAUCACUUUCAGAGCGAUUCUGUUGCUGUCAUAGUCUUUGCACACUGCUCAGACUUUGUGAUGCCUUCAGUUAUUCGCCAAUUUCAAAAUUUACUUGGUCUCGAACUUUGGAACGUUUCAAUCACAAAAUGGGAUAUUGAUGCUGCACUCAACGCUGAUCUUCACCCAAAUAUGGUUUAUCUAAUCAUGGCUUAUACGAAUAUGAGCGAGAUGCCUCGAGGUAUUUUAACGAAACCAUUUCCACCACUACUUGAUGACAUUGAAAUGUCAAUAACAAAUCUUCAAGUUGUGCCAAAAGAAGUAGCAGAAACGUGGGCCAAUGUCAAAAUUGUUUAUCUCGAACAUACUCCAUUGAAAGAAUUUCCAAUUCCGUUGUUUCAGAUUGGAGUUAGAAGUGUGUCGUUAUUAAACAAUGGACUUAAAGAUAUUCCCAACGAUUUAUUCACAACAGUUUCUUUUCCGAACGAAUAUUUUGAAGUUUGUUUCUCGUACAAUGUGAUUGAAACACUUCCUUCUAAGAUGAGAGAAAGUUUAUCAAUCAGCUAUUUAAGUCUCGAUCACACAAAGUUAAAGAAAUUGUCAGUAUGGGCCAGUACUUGUAGAGAGCAAAUAGCUUUGGGUGGAAGUCCAAUUUGCAAGGAUAUGAAAGCAGUUAUUCCAGAUAUUGCGGAUUGUACUGACUCAGGAUGGAAUCCAAUGCUUGAAGGACGAUAUCCCUUGCAAUUAAUUGCUUCUUUCCGAGCAAUUACUUAA